GCAGCUUCCAUAUUAAAUUAAAAUAUAUUAUAUCUGGGGCCACAAAUACACGUUUUGCGGGUCCACAAGAGGUCGUUGUAGUAAUUGUGAUGAACUGGGAGCCACAGCCUCCUCUCAGUCAUCAAUCACAUAUUUCCAUUUCAACAAAUAAAUAAGUAAAAUACAACAGAAUACGGGUAUAUUUAAUAUUAUUUAGUAUUGCCAAUUUAGGCCAAAUCAGUGACAGUAAUAAAUCGUUUUUAUUUAGCAAACACACAAAUAAAUUAGCAAAUGCAAAACCGCAUCUUUUAUAUUUGUUGGUGUAGCAUAAAGCAAACGAAUUACAAUUUCAAAUACAUCCAUGUGUCCAUGUUGAGACAUGUAAACGGACUUUGUGUAUUUUUUUCCUUUUCUGCAAUCUUAUCUGUCAUUUCCAAAACCUUUGUAAAUGUAACAACACAUAAUCAUCACCAGUAAAUUCGUUAACAGCAUCUUUUCAAUCUUUUUUUUAUUUUUUAUUUUGUUUUUGCAUUUGUAUUUUUAAUUUAGGCUGAGAUAAAUUUGCUUAUCCCCCUCCUGUCUUUAAGUCAUCACUCAUUUCACAAGGACGCAAUUCAACAACACGCUUAACGUGAUGUGAUCAAUCACUAUUGAUCCAUGAAUUCGUUUUAUUUUCGUGAGGUCGCCUUCUUUUUUCUUUUUUCUUUCUUUUUUUGCAAAAACUGCUUUGCAUGCUUUUGUUAAAUCCGAGUUAUUGUUAUUCUCUCUCUCUCCCUUUUUCUUCUUCACGCCUUCACCUAGCUUGUUUGACUCCUUUGAGCUCUUCCUCCUCUGCUGCAUGUGGAAAAAAACCGUCCCCCACUCACAAUUUCAUCUGGAUUACCAUUAAACCCUCCUAGGAGAGCAGUUACACGAAUCUCUGAUUAUAAGGAAACCAACGCACGUGAGAAUUAAUAUGACAUGGAUAUAAAAUGUAGAUAUUCAAAUCCAUUAUUAUUAUUUUUUUAAAAGAACAUCUCAAACUAAUUGCUUUCAGUAGAGUGCUUUAAACCAUUUACUUCUGGCCUUUUCAUCUAUUACAUGCAGCUUCACCUCACUAUAUAUAUUUACAUGAAAUGCUUAAAUGCGUCAAGUCUUAAAGGAAAAUGUUUGUUUUAGUAUCCGGUUUUAUUUAAAUAAAAGUUUAAUUUUAGGCAGAUAAAUGCCUCAAAAUACAUUACAGAUAAAUUUACAGUAAGUGUAAACUCACUACUAGAACAGAUGCUUAGGUUGCAAUAUAAGGAUGUUACACUGGUUACAGAAGUAGUGGCCAAUCACAACAACAAAGGUAGUAUAAGAAUAUUAUGCGUAUUAUAGUGAUUGGCCACUUCCCAUGUUUGGGCUCGUCCAUCACGCAAUAUGCAGUGUAUCCCUGGGGACUGUAAUUGUGAAUCACGUGGACGUGACCGAGUGUUUGGGGGUUUUGUUGGGUGGGAAAUGGUCAUUUGUAUUGACCAACAGAGCUGGCCACUGCAGGAGCGCUAAAAGGCGUCCAAAGAAAGGGGAGAAACGGCAGCAGUGGACACUGAGAUUAAACCAUAGCUCCCGAACAUGGCAGAAGGUAUGCUGGCAGGUUUUAGGGAGUUAUCUCUGGAAACGGUUAGAGCGCUUUCUGGUGGGGCAGGGUUUCGAUGUAUUGUCUAAGAUGUUUUUUGGGGUUUUUUUUUUUUGUUUAGCGAGGGGGGGUCGGGGUCUUCACAGAAAAAAAGAAAUUCUCCCGGUGACCCCCCACCCCUCAUUGUUUAAGGGGGAUAGGUUGCCAGCCCCCUUUUGUUUACCUCCCUCUCACGCUUUCCCUCUCGCUGCGCAGCUUCUGCGUUUCACAGCAUUUUGCAUGAAAGUGGCAAUCUGCGAGGAUUACCCAGUUUGAGGGCUUGUACACUGGAUACUGUAGCUUGGGUGCUGAUUUUGACUCAAGGCAGAACUGAAGACAUGGGUUCCGUUUCUAAGAAGCAGCUCCGAGGAGUGUGUAAAACCGAGGAGGAUGAAGGACCGAGUCCCGAGGAGAAUUCAGAGUCUUUCCACGGGGUCGGUGUGUGUAAAUGGUUCAACGUCCGCAUGGGUUUCGGGUUCCUGUCCAUGACCAGCCGGGAGGGAGUGCCGCUGGAAGAGCCGGUGGAUGUGUUCGUCCAUCAGAGUAAGUUGCACAUGGAAGGCUUCCGCAGCCUGAAGGAGGGCGAGGCGGUCGAGUUUACCUUCAAAAAGUCAUCCAAAGGUCUGGAGUCACAGAGAGUGACCGGACCAGGUGGCAUCCACUGCGUGGGCAGCGAGCGGAGACCCAAAGGCAAGAAGGUCCAAAAGCGGCGUUCAAAGGGGGACAGAUGCUACAACUGCGGAGGCUUAGACCACCAUGCCAAAGAGUGUAAGUUACCUCCCCAGCCAAAGAAGUGCCACUUCUGCCAAAGCAUUGACCACAUGGUUGCCAGCUGCCCAAUCAAAGCACAACAGUCUUCACCGGGUUCUCAGGGAAAACUGUUCUCCUCCAAAGGAGACGAGGAGGAGCACAGCCAGCAGGCACCACCUACCGAGACCUCUGAUUAAACACAGGAUCCGACGCUGGGGAAGCACAGAGGCCAAUCAAACUGCUUUGAUGGAGAGGAGGGAGACUCAAUCCCCUUCCACCUGUUGAAGCUGCUUUUGGAACUACCUCAGGUUAAAAAUACUCAUGAAGAAUGUUGCUGAAGUCUUUUUUUUUAAUUUGGUUUUUAUUUGGUGUAACACUCAGGAAUACUGCUGUACUAUUGCACUCAGGAUGCUUGCUUAAUGUAUGAAUCACUGGUAUUGGGGAUUGGGGAUUGUAGUGAGCAAUGCUAUGUAAUGGAUGAUCUUCAGGAGUUACGUAGAUUUCUGUUAUGUAAUAAUGUGCCUCUGCUGUGGGCAUUAUACCUCUUCUUCUUUGAGUAAUACUCAGCGUGUUUAGUAUAGCUACACUUUUGCUGCCUUACCAUUUUGUCUCCUUCCUGACUGUUACACCUCACUAUCCGGCAGGGCGUAGAUGUAACAGUUAGUACAUCUGUAAUGAAUGUUAGAGUUUGCAUAUCAUACGGGGAUGGGGGAGGGGUUUGUGAAAUAACACUGGGUGGGUUUAAGGGUAUAUUAGCAAUGUAUUGGCAGCUGCCAAUAUUGCAAUUGACCAUCCAGUUUUCCUGGGGCCAAAUGAAUGUUAGACCAGAGGUGCUUUCCAGCUUUUGGUCAGUUUUUGUUUCUCUUAAAUUUGUUUUUUUUCCAUUUCAUUUUUUGGUUAUCCAGUAUUUGGCUGGCUAUCUAAAAGUACAUGGUCUACCUCACUGGUCCAUGUUUGGUCUGCUAGUAAAUCUAUCAUCCUAAAAGCCGAUGACAAACCAACUAUUCUCAGAAUACAGCUUCAGAGAUUGUGAUUUGAACUGGGGUUAAGUCAAAUCCUCUUUGCACUACAGUAUUUACACCAGCCCGCCAUACUUCCUUAAAGAGUAACUCAACAGUUCCUUGAAUUUACUGACCUCUAGCGGAUUGACUUGUCACUUCACACAUCGAUGGAUAGGUUUACCCAAACACUUUGUGAAAUCAGUCUUUGGUGAGAAUACAUCAGACCACAUCCAAGCCAGGCUCUCAAGCCUUUCAUAUGGUCUCACAAUGGGAGGAGUUUGUGGGGUUAUCUUCAGUUGAGGUUGGCGAUUAUGUCAGGGCUGUAACACAUGAAAACAUGUGAAAACAGCUUAUGAAACUGAAAGCAAACUCUGGGGAGGGUGUUAGAGAAGUGAAGUUAACAGAUCUCUGCAGUCUGUUUACCAUAUAUGCUUGAGGCUGAGAGCUCGGUCUAAUGUGCCAACCAUAACCUAGUGUGUCUUUCUGAAAAACUGGUAUAGGGUUUCGGUAAGAAACAGGAAGAAAGAGGUUGGGGGAAGUCUUCUGGACCUUUGGAAACACAUACUACACCAUACAAGCUGUCAUCUUUAUCUUGUGAUAAAACAUAGAGCAAUCAAAAUAUUGACCCAAAGGGGGCAGCAAAAUCUUAAGUUUCUCUUCAUUUUAAGUUGUUUUCAUGGGAGUUUGAACCAUUGUCAACUUUCCAUGUGAAGUAUCUUCUCACUGCAGUGGCUGCUGUGUAUAAGAGUGCUGUUUUAUAAUCACCUCAAUUUGGAUUUCAAAGAAUUUAAACCAAUGCGACACAAACCCCAUUACAUCUGCGUCACUUCUGAUAAGAUAUUUGAUCUGGACUUAAGUUAGUAAAGGGUCUGGCUAGCUCUCCUCUUACUUGAGUAAAACUGAGGCAGAAUCAGACAUGAUGUUGCCAGUGGGAAGCCUGGUGUUUUUGUUUAUAUCCACUAGUAGGUAGUUAUUUAAGACAUUACCUCCCUAUAACCCUUAGUAGGGUAGUAGUUCAGGAACACCAAGCCUGCACGGAGGAGCAUGUAGGUCUAGCUAGCUAAUCAGCAUUUUACUCCCGUUUUACAGGAGAAGCUGACUGAGUCUUUUACACCCAAUUAAUAUAUAUGUAAAAUUAUUCUAAAGCUUUUUUAAAACUAUCAUACUUAUUUAUUUUCAUCCAAAAGUGCUGCAGCUUCUCCUUCCGCUCCGAUUGAAGCCUUGCAGCACUGAAUGUUCUAGUAGACAGCAGAAAAUUGGCAAAUAUCAUUAAAAGCUACAUAUGACUUGAGAAUACAUUGGGGUAAUACAUUUUUAACAUCAAGGUACUCAUAAUACUUUGUACAUAUGUGCUUGAUAAUUCAUUGUCAUUUAAUUUAAUAUGGAUGCAAUGCAACAGAAAUAUAUUGCAACCAAAAGCGAGCAAUAUACAGUGCAUACUGUACAGGUACACAAUAUAGGAACCGAUGUGAACUGUGAGGGUUUUUUUUUUUUUUAAAUUUACUCUUCCUUGUAUAAUUUUUUUUUCUUUGGUGCACAAUUUGCCUUUUCAGAGGAGAAACCCGUUGUUGUUAAUGCCAAAACCAAUGCAAUAUUACUCUGCACUAAUCGUAAAAUGCAUUAAUAUUUGUUCUAUUCAGUUUAAUCAUUUUUGAAUAUAUGUUUCCUAUUUGAUAUAUAUUUUGAAUUUUCACAAACUACACACAGUUGGUUUCUGGUUGGGAAAAAAAUACCUCCGCUCUUUAGGCUCAUCUCAGGAAUUACCAAUCUGAAAUCUCAGGGAAUGCUUCAGAUUGAUUGGAAGGAGUCAUGGGGUGUUAGUUCAAGAAAAAGCAGGGAUUAAAUGCUCAUUCGCAUGAUGUGAGGCGUGUGACGAGAAAGCCAAAGUGAAUGUCUUGGUGCAACAGUUUCAGUUUUUUACUAUAAUACAGUUUUGAUUAUGAAAACAAUGACUACAUGAUGAUGAUGUGAAAUGAUUGUUGCUUUUUGACUCUUUCAUCUUUCCAUGCACCCAGUGUGAUGAUGUUCUUUAUAUUUUUUCCUCUUUCACAUAACUUGCCAAUGAUAUAUGAUAUGAAGAAAAUGUUCCACUAUUAUUGUAUUUUUUUUCCUCUAUAAUCGUUGUAGAUGGGUAUAUAGUAGAAUAUUGUAAAGGGACUGGGGUUAGUAGUGUUUAAUCCGGUGUUGUCUCAUCUCAACACAUCGAUCUUUGGUGUUUCAGACUAUCAAUGCUCAUGACAAAAAGAAUGUGUGUCACGGAUUGCUUCAUACUCUGCUGUUAGUCUUCAAAGUUUGACGGUUGCAAAAUUGUUUUGAUAAACAUUUUUUAAAAGGAUGGAAAAGGUGGCGUGCUGAGAGUUUAUUUUUCUGCACACUUUGAUUUUUGAAUUUACCACAACUGCAGCGCCAUCAAAGUGUCACACUGUAAUCACUCACACUCUAACUGGUUUACAGGAAUUUCAACACCAACCAGUAAGGGUAACUGAAAGUAUUUCUUUUCAAAAUAUCACUUGGAAACUAAGGAAGGUCAUUUCAGACUUCUGAUUGUAACAAACCUCUUUGGCCCCUCAGUGGUGUGCUGUUGUGAUUUUAUUGUCAGGUGUUGGGUUAGAUAGGCUUUAAAAUCCAAGGACCCGUGAAGACUGUGUGCUCAGAGUAACUUUUGAAGCUCAUCAAGGCAUCCUGUAAAACAGUAGUGUUAACUUGUGCUUUUAAUGGUACAUCUUACUUGUGACCGUCAGCCAUUUAAUUUGUGGUGCUGUAUUUUAUCAGGUAAUGGCUACAGCUACUUUUAGAAAGUGAUGAAUGUAUCAGUGUUUGUUUCCAUAGAACUACACUUAACUUGAUCUCAGGCAAUUUAAUGACAAGUCUGUCAACGAUGAGCAGCAUGUAGGAUUUUCAAAGUAUUACUGUGAUUAUGUUUUCUACAUUAUAUGUAAAGAUCUGCUC